AAGUGCGUUCUCGUAGCAGCCCCAGUGGCCUAAUGGAUAAGGCAUUGGCCUCCUAAGCCAGGGAUUGUGGGUUCGAGUCCCAUCUGGGGUGGUCCUUUUUUUUUCUCCUUUCCCUCUGGCUGUAGCAUUGCUCUGUUUUCUGAUGCCUGGUCGCAGCGGGGCGCCUCGACGCUGAACAGGUGGUGGGUGGGAGCUAUUCUCAUAACAACCUGAAUGCGGCUUUCGCAACCCUGCUGUAAUGUAAGCCCCUGGACAAGGUGGGUGCCCACCAUCUGCGGCUGAGCCGCUUUCAUUAGCAGCGCUCACACCACGCGCUUCGACAUCCAACCUGGUGACGCAGCGGGUUGGCGCGGCUGCUACGGUUCCGGAGCCCCUCAACCCCGUGAGCGCGCGUCGCUCCGCCCAACGGCCGACGGGGGCUCUCGACCUUCGGCAUCUGACCUCUACUGAUGGGCGGAAAACUGCGCGAGCCGCCCUCUCUCUGAUUGGUCGAUGCUGCGCGUCGCCGGCGCCUGAUUGGCGAAGGGAGAGGAGCGGGAAGAUGGCGGCGCUGGGCUCUCCGCUGCGGACGUUGCGCGGGCUGCUCCGCGAGUUACGGCAUGUCAGCGGGCGCGCCUAUCGCGACACGGCCGCCUACCGACACGUCCUCGCCGCCUUCCGCGCGCACCGGGUGACCAGUGAGAAGCUGUGCCGGGCCCAGCAGGAGCUGCACUUCCAGGCCGCCACCUACCUGUGCUUGCUGCGCAGCGUGCGGCAGCACCAGGCUCUGCAUCGCGAGUACCACGGCCGCGGGGAGCGAUCCCCCGAGGAGGUGGCGGGGCUGGUGGGCUUCAGGCUGCCCCGGCAGCCGGGGGGGAAGGGCUGAGGCCGCCCCGUGCCGCCCGCUGCUCGGCGCCGAAUAAACGCCCUCGGCUCUGAAGCUGUCUUGUAGCUUGUGUGUUCUGUCUGCUUCGGGUUGGGGGGAUCAGAGCCGCAGCCCGGACUCGCCACCAACUGUUUAAGGAGGUAUAAACUUGUUUGUUUUAUUCCCCUGAACUUGUAGGUAAGAGGACUUCAGAGUUUCCCAAUACAUGAGGAAUUCUGUACUUCUCUGAGAGGAAAGACCCUAUCUUUGCAGUGUUGGAGGGUGAGCACUGCUGCAGCAAAAACAUUCAGUUUGAAGACUUUGACCCACAGCUGUGGUUGUAAGUUAGAAUGCAGCUGAAUGAAUUGCUUGUCAGUGUCCUGGACUUGGGUGACUGAGACUGCAGGUCUUCUGUGUUUCAUUAAAUGGAGACCUGAUAGCUGCUGGUUGUA